AUGUCCUCCCAGUUCUUGCAGGCGGAACUCUUGAAUCUCAUCCAAGAGUCUAAGAGAAGAAAUUCGGAACUUCGAAAUGCCGCCGAAGAGUCCCUCAAUGACUUGAAGGCCUUACCUUCAACCUCGGAGGCCCAAAUUUCCGCUGAUCUCUUGCGCAAACCGAAGUUUGUAAAUCCAUUCAUCCUGGCUUGCCAUAGUCGCCAUGCCAAGCUUGCAGGCAUUGGUGUCAUCUGCCUGCAAAGGCUGGUGGCAUCACGGUCAUUGCCCUCAGAGCGUCUCAAAGAUGUGCUCUCGGGUCUAAAGGAGACAACCAACAUGAGCCUGGACAUCCAAUUGAAGAUACUACAAACAUUACCAUCCUUGCUCCAACAUUACUCGAGCGACUUGGGGGGCGAUCUCCUCGUGAGUACUCUCGAGAUCUGCGCCACCUUGCAAACAAAUAAAAUGCCUGCUGUUUCAAGCACCGCCGCUGCAACGCUACAACAACUUGUGGUUUCCUCAUUUGAGCGAGUUUCCAUUGAAGAUAAGAACUUUGGCAAAGCAACUCCCACAGUCACAGUUAAGGUAGACGGAAGCCCCAUUAACGUGGGAAAUUUUGCCUAUGACGCUUUACGUGUUCUAGACGAUUUAUGUCGUCUCGUAGAUGGCGAACCGCUUUACUUCCUUCGAAUAAAGUCUCUCUCUACGCCAUUCACUUUAGAGCUGAUCGAGAGCAUCCUGUUGAAUAGUGGAAGGCUUUUCGUUACCCAUGCCGAGUUGACUCAGGUCUUGCGGACUCGACUCAUGCCAUUGCUUGUACGAAUCCUCUCUGAGAGACAUACUUUCUCUCAGACUGUUCGUGCCAUUCGCAUCCUGUCGGUUCUCCUUAAGCGUCAUAUGUCCCUUCUGCCUGCCGAGUGCGAAAUGGCGCUUGGGCUAGUCACACAUCUACUCGAACCGGAUGGGACAUCGCCUUGGAAACGCGUACUCUGCAUGGAACUGUUCAGAGGGCUGUAUGCUGAGCCAGGUCUGGUCAGGCUAAUAUAUUCUUUGUAUGACGGGGAAGAGAGAAGGAAGAAUAUAUUGAAAGACCAUAUGGCUGCUCUCGUCCGCCUCGCCUCCGAAAAGCCGUCUCUCAUCGGGGUUAGUGCCCGGUCGACUGUACCUUUAAGAUCCGAGCACUCGAGGUCUGUCACCGAGGAACAGAUCACUCUCGAGGCAGGAGGCGUUGCUGGCGUCAUUGGAGCAUCAGUUCCCAUUACUGACUCAGAUGCGCCGGGAAUCAGCAGUCAAUGGAGUGUGGUUCGAACACCUUUCAUGGAACUGCUUGACAAAACUGAGUCGCCAUCACCGCCUGAGACAUAUAUCUAUAGUCUCGUCCUGAACUGCAUUAGCAACUUUGCUGAGGGACUUGCAAAGUUCAUACUUCCAUUGACAGUUCCUGACCUGAAACAGAAACGGCGAAGUCGUGUGCCAGGCCUUGAAAAAGGAGGCGACGCCUCACGGCAGCCGCAGGACAACAUGAAGAAUACUCAGAACAGGAAGUCGUCUGUACCAAUAAACCCUUUAAAUCUGGAGUCUCAUCCCCAGCUCGCAGCCAUCCAAAGUUGCGCUGGCAUUAUCGAAAAUUGCUGGCCCGCAAUCCUUGCAGCAUGCUCCACGUUUCUGUACGCAGCCCUUGACGAUGAGUUCUACCACAACCUUGUUCGAUCAUUUCAGAAGCUGGCACACGUUGCUGGCCUUUUAAGAUUGUCGACGCCGCGUGAUGCAUUCUUGACGACACUCGGCAAAGCAGUUAUUCCUGCGGACACAGGUAGCGCCAGACCUGCGAACACACCAGCUUCCGCUACGACGGGCCCACAGUCCAAACAAAUGACAGAUGAUAAAACCAGGGACUCGCAACCGUCUUUAGGUAUCUCGACGCUAUCCAGCGAAGCGAACACUACCCUGUCACAAGAGAGUACAAUCGUCUCCCUAAGCACCAGAAAUCUUUUGUGCUUGCGCGCUCUGCUCAAUCUUGGAAUUGCGCUCGGGCCAACUCUAGAUCAGCCGGCCUGGUCCAUUGUUCUCGGCACACUCCAAGAUACUGAUAUCUUGAUCGGCUUGACUACAAACCCUCAGGCCAUGACAAGCUCAGCGGAAGCCUCAGGUGCCUCCAUGGACGUGCCCAAAGCUAAUCUCGGCGCUGAGAUCAUAGCCGUACAAACAGCGUCCGCAAAGAUGUUCGAGAGUAGCGGCGAGUAUCCCAUCGAAUCAUUUCAGGAUAUCUUGGCUGCGCUUUUAGACCUUUGUGGGACGGCUGAAGAGUCUUCACAGUGUGUACCGGAGUCUCCUACUGGGGAGCUGCUUUCUCCGCGCUCCAGUUUCAUGCGCAGAAAUACUCAUCGCAUGUCACUUUCGGUAGGAAAAUCGAGGACACAAGACGAAUUAGUACGAUUUGUUCUUGAGAAAGCCAACGAGAUAGCGGUAGCCAACGUGGAGCGACUGUCUUCUUUGAGCGAGGCUGAUCUGGGAGCCUGGAACCUUCUCACAAGUAGGCUGAUGUCGACUGCGGCGGACAGAGUGCUCAGUCAGGGACUUCGGCUCAGGGCGAAUGAGGUGCUCAACAGCGUUGUAACACUCACCUUGAAGCAGAGAGAUGGCGAUGACUCUGUGAAGCAGAAUGAGCGACAACUCAGAAAUCUUCAAGUGCUCAAGACGCAGGUCAAGUUGCUCUAUGAGGCAAGCGGAUGCUCGAUUGGUUUUCCUACGGCCCCAGUUGUUGAGAUCCAUGAGCAAAACCUAGAAACCCUCAAAAGCAUUCUUGAGCAGUACGGUGAAACAUUUGUGGAUGGAUGGGCAUCUGUCUUCGACCUCAUAACAAGCGUAUUCGGUGAAAGUGCUGAAAAGGGACGAAUUGAGGAUUCGAACCGAAGAAACCGGGCCAGAUGGAUAGCAGACUCGGUUCGACUUGUGCGGGUCGCGUAUCAAUCCUUGCAGCUUAUAGCAUCUGACUUCGUGGCAUUGCUUCCAUUACCCUGCCGAUUGGAUCUGGUGGAGUCUUUCUCCAAGUUUGCGCAACAGCAGCAAGAUUUCAACAUCUCGUUGACCACAACGUCAUCUUUCUGGAAUGUUUCAGACUUCCUACAGGGACAAAUUGAGCAAUUCUCGAUUGAAUCUCAUAUCGAUUCGUCAGUGAGCGAGGACGCGCUUGCCAACCUCGCCAAGGGAGAUAACCCCUCGAUUGCGCGGAACGCAUUAUGGUUACUGCUCCUUUUGAGGAUAGUAGACCUGACGACAGAUAGUAGAUCGGAAGUCCGAAACUGCGCUAUCCAGACUUUGCUAAGAAUCUUCGAUGCUUACGGGCAGCAGUUAUCGCCCAAGGCAUGGUGUUUGUGUCUGAAUAGGGUCCUCUUCAGCAUGGUGGAGGAGAUAGAAGAUGAGCUCUGCCUUACACUGGACAAGAAUGACUCUGGCAAUCCUGAUUACGCCAAGGCAUGGAUUGAGACAACGGCUGUCAUGGUCAAGGGAGUAUCUGAUUUAAUCACGAAUUUUUUUGGGACGAUAGUUCGGGACGAGCUAUUCGAUCAAUCAUGGGAACGCCUGCUGGGCUACUAUCGAAGGCUGCUUGAUCUGCACCUGCUUGAAUUCAGUGAAGCUACCUACUCCAGCUUAACAAACAUCCUUCUUCGGAUACAGUCCCAGGAUGGAAUCGGCAAACAAUCAUUGCGGUCAACCUGGCUUAUGUGGCUCAAUGGUCACCCGGCCGAUCGGAAAGAUCUCUUAAGCCUGGAUAGUCCAAACCAAGAUGCCGCAAUAGCUUACCUUCGAGCUUUUCAACAGAUCUAUCGUCUGUAUAAGGAAGAUCUUGAAGGUGAAAGUGUUGAGAAGAUUCUCGGACAUCUUCAACUUCUUGCCUGGAACUCAAUAUCUCCGCCAUACUCCCCGGAUAUCGACCGCCCUUCCAAGGUGCAAGCGUUGAUCCUCGAAUGCUUGAAGACUUUGUGCUCCGAGAAGGAAAGUUCGCAGCCCAACAUCGUUGUAUGUCUGGGCGAGCUGGCUGAUUCACCGCUGUCCAAGUGGUCGCCAGAGAGUGACUCAAAGAAGCCCACUUAUGUUGCUUUCUCCAAAGGAGUAAUUGAUCUGCUCGACUGGUAUGUCGCCGAAUAUGGGAUUAAGAAAGACAUAUUCCUAGAUGGAUCACUGGCUAUCGCCUUGGAACGUCUGGUGAAUUCCAUUGCCUUGAGAUAUGAAUGGCCUGGGAAGGAUCGUGAUCCUAGUCUCUCGCAGAAGUCUACCACUGCUUCAUUGAAAAUCCUCCAGGUCGCCAUACCUUACGUGGAAAAGCAGUAUGACACCUGCGAGCAGGAGCAAAUACUGCGAUUCUGGAAAUGCGUGGUCGAUCUGGCGAAUGGAAUUGUCUCCGCCCGUGGUUUCCGAACUGUGCCCAUCCCUCAUGCCAUGGUACUGAGCGACGAGACUUUCGAUGUGGCUGCGUUCAACAGACUGAAAACGCUCAUUAUCCCGUCGCUGGGAGCAUCAACGAUCCCAGACUCCAUCCGCCGGGACUUUGCCUGCGCCUUGUUGCGGUCAUCGUUCAUUUACGCUCCGCAGCGCCUUGACCUCCCUCGCAAACCCCUCGAAGAAGACCCGCUGCAUGCAUUAUACGAUAUCCGUCCAGGAAGAACCUUCGAUCCGUCACCCACCCCUCGUACCAAGAUGGCAUACACGGUAGUCGAUACACUCUUCGAACUCGCCUCGGCCCCAUUGUUAGCUCCGUCCGCACAGCCCUCGUCAGAGCACGGGUCAUCUGCGGAACAUUCCGCCGCCCGCAUCGCGCUCGCCCGGUGCAUCUCUCCGUACUUGAUCCUCCGCACCGCCGUAUCACUGAAAGGGUAUAUCGCCGACCAACCUCUGCGGGGCCUCAUGCCGCAGCCCACCCCAGCCCGCAAAUCCCUGCUGCAUCUCCUCCGGGGCAUGGUUGCUCUGCGGAGCGAGCCGUCGACCAUCCCCACCCCGCCAGCCAGUCAAUCGGGCGCGAUCCAUGGGACGCUGGCUAGUCCCAGCGACCUCGAUCACAAGAAGCACCUGGCGUGGAUCUACCCGCUGGUCGUGCGAGCGGUACAAGUGGCUGGGAAGCAGCAGGAUGAUGGGGAGGUCUUGCGCGUCCUGGGCCAGGUUCUAUCCGCUUGA